AUUUACUGGUUCUGCCUUACACGUAGAGCAAGCAAAUUAAUAACGAUAGAAUGUCGGUACCAGUCAUUUAAAUUUCGGCAGGAUGACAGACGAAAGUAGUUUGAUUGAGAGAGUGUUUUUGAGAAUAGGAUCAGCAGAAACAGAUGACCAGCUUCAGACAGCUUUAGCUAAAUUCUUAACUCCUGUUAUACUCAAGUUAAACAGUGGCGAUGAGGCAGUUAGGAAGAAGGUCAUGGAGCUUCUUGUCCAUAUCAACAAGAGAUUGAAAAGUUUGAAUAAAGUUCAGCUACCAGUAGAAUCAUUAAUUACUCAGUAUUUGGAUCCAAGCGCUUCGUCUAUUAUAACAAAUUUCUCCAUUAUCUAUAUAAGGAUGGGAUAUCCUAGGUUGGAUCCAGCUAAACAAGCAGAACUGGUACCUUUGUUGAUUAAAUGUCUGGAUGGAAAACCCAACACACAGCAGGACAGUAUUCUACAUUUGAUGAUGCCAGCAUUGGAGCAUGUUAAAAUGCCACAGGAUGACAAACAAAAACAGCAGAUAUUUGGCCUAACAGAGAAACCCCUGAUUGUAAAGGUCAUGCUGGACUAUAUGAUGGAUAUCUUGCUGUUACCUUAUAAUGCCCACAUAUCAACUCCAACCCCGACACGCCCAUCUACUGCCCCAGCUGGAGGUCCAGGGCCUACCACUACACUACCUCCUCCUGGCCUCAGUGAAUAUAGCAAGAGAAGAGUAUUAGGAGACAGUCCAUUGAACCCAGAGGCAUUGGAGAAAGCUAAGAUUGGAGUGUUGAAAUUCCUGGGUUCUGGUUUGAUAGAAGAAAAGAUGGUUGUCUGUCAUUAUGUCAUAGCGUCAUCAGAUACAAGACAUAGUGUUGCAACAGCAGCUGAUUUAGAAUUAAAGAGAAUUACAGGGAGUAUUGAGUGGAACAGUUUGGAUAUUCUGAACAAACUUUAUACCAUCUUCCAAGGGACUAUAGACAUUAAAGGAAAGCCAGUAACAAAACCUGACCAUAAAAGACGACCAGUAUGUACAAGAAUAAGACUGAAAAUUUUCCCAUUCUUCCUAAGAGCCAGAGAUGCUGCAAAUGUAUUUCCUUCCUGUAUCCAGGUUAUAUUUGACUGUUUGUAUGGCCAGAGUACUAAUGCCAAGCUAAAGAACAUGGCUGUACAAUUUGUUCAUCAUGUUUGUUUGAAUUGUGCUGACAACAAGUUUACCCCUGUGGCACCUGUGCUAUUAUCUGGUAUGGUUAAACUGAUUGGUGAGGCCAUGGAUGAAGCCAAAUUAAGGAACUUGGCUUAUGUAGCAGUGGGUAAAAUAGUACGGAGAGCUCCUCAGCUGGUGAAGAAAGAUGUGGCUUUAGUACAGAAAUUCUUUGAUGCUAUGAGUAAAGAAGACCCAGAAACAAGACUUGGUGUACAAGAAUCCUUAUCGUUGAUGGCUGAUGCCUUUAAAGACAUUGAUCCUUCUUGUCAGAGUCUGAUGGAAGCACUUAUCAUGCAAAAUAUUGAACAGGACCAACCCCAGUCUAGACUAAUGUCUGUACAGUAUGCCAGAACAGUGUUUCCCUCCGACCACAUCCCUUCACGGUACAUAUUGUUGUUAGCCUGCGGUGAUACCAAGGAAGAUGUUAGGGUAGAGGCUAUGAAAGCUCUCCAUAUAGCUCAGACUAAAGAGAAAGAAAUAGAGAAAAACUCUACAAAAUUACCACCACCUAAACUACCAAAGUUUACAAACAUGAUGAAAUAUAUUUCUGAAAAGGGAAGUUUAAGAGUAAAGACACAAAAUAAAUAUGUGAUUGGGAAUUAUACUUUACCAUUUAUUCCUGCUACUUAUGAAGAGAUGAUAUUAUACCUACACAUGUGCCUAUCGCAGGACUCAGGCCAGAUACCUGACAUGGAAUCUUUAGCUACUAUGCAGACACAAGCCCCUGACAUUGCAAAGUAUAUCAGGGAUAACUUACAGGGAGAUAACUCUAUCCAGACUUAUUUUGACUUUAUCAAGACUUUAUUGUCAGCUGUCAGUGGUUCAUCAGCUAUGUACUGUUUAGUAGAACUGGUUGCCAUAGCACCAGAGAUGGCCAGUCAGAUUAUCUCACAAACUGACUGGAUGAAGAAUUAUAUGUUCAGUAGUAAAGAUGAUUUAAAAGAGUUUGGAAGUCAGAUGUAUGCUGUAGUAAUAUGUCAACAAUCUAAAGAUAUUAUAAAGGAUAGCAUGGAGGAAUUAAUGAAGAACUUAAACCAUAAGGGUUUUGAGGUACAAAUGGGAUCCGUAAUUGGAUUAGGAUAUCUUAUUGGCCAAUACUUAAAUGAUAGAAGUCAGUCCUGUACCAUGGAAGUAGAUGGUACUUCUAAAGUAGAAGAGGAGAUCAAGUCUAUCAUCACAACUUGUCUACAGAAACUUGCUGGAAUUCUACUUCUACCAACUGAAAGUAAUGUGUCAUUGAAAAUGUCAGCUUGUCUGUCAUUAGGAGAAAUUGGUAGAAAUGCUCAAUUACUGCUGCCACCUGGUGGGGGAGAUGAUGGGGAAGGGGAGAUAACAAAAUUGUCUAUUGUAACAUCUUUACUGAAGAUACUAAAAUCAGGCUCGGAACCAAAUAAGAUAAAAGAGAAAUGUGUGAUGUGUCUGGGUUAUCUGUGUGUAGGAGAAGAAAACUUCCCACAUCUACAGAAAGUUAUGGAAGAGAUCAUGGAUUCUGUUCAGCCUAAACAGUUUGAGUUACAUAUGACUACAGGGGAGGCUUUAGUUUGUGCCGCCCAGGGGAGACAAUCAUCAGCAGCGAGAGAUUUAUGGACUGAAUCAGAGGAGGAUUACAGGAAACGAGUCUCUGUGAAGGAAACAAAAGUGGAAUGGUAUUUAGAGAAUUUACUGAACAAAUCCUUGGUUAGCAGUAAUCCACAUCUCAGACAGGCAGCAUGUAUCUGGUUGUUAGCUCUAACAAAGACAUGUGGACCUGAUCCAGCUGUACAGAGUAAACUUAGUCAAAUACAGGGAGCUUUCAUGAGAUUGUUAUCAGAGAAUGAUGAUAUAACUCAAGACAUAGCAUCUAAAGGAUUAGGACUGGUGUAUGAAAUAUGUACUCCUGAACAGAAAGACUCAUUAGUAUCUGAGUUAGUAGAUACACUCAUGACUGGCAAAAGGGUCAAGCAUGACUUUAAAGAAGACACUACAGUGUUUGAGGAAGGUUCUCUAGGGAAAUCUCCCGAUGGUGGAAGUUUAUCAACCUAUAAGGAGUUAUGUGCCAUUGCUAAUGAUCUCAACCAACCAGACCUUAUUUAUAAAUUUAUGCAUCUGGCAAAUCAUAAUGCCAUGUGGAAUUCAAGAAAGGGAGCUGCUUUUGGAUUCUCUACAAUAGCAUCACAGGCAGGGGAGCAGUUAAGACCUUAUCUAGCCCAAAUAGUACCGAGAUUGUACCGGUACCAGUUUGAUCCUAACCUAAAGAUUCAACAGGCUAUGAGUAGUAUAUGGAAUGCAUUAAUACAAGAUAAUAAAGAUGCUGUUGACAAGUUUAUAAGUCAGAUAUUAUAUGAUCUCAACAAAAAUUUAACCAGUACCCAAUGGAGAAUCAGAGAAUCUAGUUGUCUGGCAGUAAAUGAUUUAUUGAGAGGACGUCCAUUAGAUGAUGUUGUUGAUCAACUUCCAGAAUUAUGGGAGAAUUGUCUUAGGGUCAGAGAUGAUAUUAAGGAAUCAGUAAGAAAUGCAGCAGACUUGGCCUGUAGGUCACUCAGUAGGGCUUCCAUUAAAAUCUGUGAUAUAAACUAUGGAAAGCUUGGAGAGAAAGCCACACGAUUAGUUAUGCCUUGUUUGUUAAAACAUAGUUUACAAAGCAGUGUAUCUGAAGUCAGAGCUAUUGGUCUUUCUACCAUGUUGAAGAUCAGUAAGAAUGCUGGUCCCCUGUUAAAACCUAAUAUACCAGUUUUAGUAACAGCUCUAUUAGAGGCAGUCAGUGGCCUUGAACCACAAGUUCUUAACUACUUCAGUCUACAAGUCUCAAGUAAUCAGAAAGACCUAGAGAAGUUAGACAGUGCCAGGAUUGCUGCGUCUAGAAUGUCACCUAUGAUGGAAACUGUUAAUUAUUGUGUUCAGUAUAUAGACAGUGAUGUCCUUGUAGAGCUGGUCCCAAGGUUAACAGAUCUCAUUAAAAGUGGAAUAGGUAUAGGUACAAAGGCAGGCUGUUCUAGUUUUGUUAUACAAUUAGUUCACCAUUGUCCUCAAGAUUUAACUCCAUUUGCAGGUAAAUUGAUGUCAGCAUUCCUAGCAGGUCUAAGUGACAGAAAUUCUUCAGUGAGGAAAACAUAUGCAUCUGCACUCGGCCAUUUAAUUAAGGUUGCAAAAGACAGUAGUGUAGAAAAACUAAUAAUAAAGUUAAAGUCUUGGUAUCUUGAUAAAGAAGAUGAAGCUGCUAGACAUGCAUGUGGUUUAACCUUACAAUCCAUGUGCCACCAAAGUCAAGAUAUAAUGAAGAGACAUGCCACACAAGCAGUGCCACUAGCUUUCUUUGCCAUGCAUGAAAAGAAACCAGAAACAGAAGACAAGUCAUCUAAAGAUAAUAUGUCUGUAUGGGAAGAAAUCUGGUUAGAAAUCACUCCAGGUACAGAGGCUGGGAUAAGAUUAUACCUCCAGGAAAUUAUGGAGCUGUUACAAACUUCAAUAGAUUCCCAAUCAUGGGCAACGAAAGCUCAGGCAGCAGAUGCCAUGAGUACUGUGGCAGAGAAACUCAAGGACAAGCUAGGUCCUCCUCACUUAGGCAACCUUCUCACUACCUUGUUGUCAGGGUUACAAGGCAGAAUAUGGACAGGCAAGGAGACACUGAUACAAGCCAUAGACACUGUCUGCUGUUACUGCAAGGAAAAUUUAUCAAAAGAAACAGAAGGUCAACCAAGCAUUGAAAAGGUUGUUGAUUCAAUGAUGAAAGAAUCUAAGAAGGAAAGAUUAGAAUAUAAACUAGAGGCCCUCAAGUGUACAGGAAAUAUUUUAGAAGAAUACUCCUUAGACAGAUUCUCAGAAAUUUGGCAGAUUGCCCAACCUGAUUUAUCCAAGGCAGGAAACAAAAAUGGUGAAGAUGAUGAUAUAAAACCAGAAAUGAAACAAAAGAAAUUUAAUUGUUAUUUUGAAAUUUUAGGGCAGUCCUGGCCUUUAACAGUGACAACACAAGAUGAAUUUGGUUCCAAGUUUAGUGAUUUGUUGUUGACAUCUUUACUCCAUAACACAUGGAAAAUACAAGUGACAAUACUGAAGUCUUUGUUUAAACUGAUAGAUAGAUACCAUAUCUUUCAAAAAGAUAAAACAUUAUUACAUAAAGCUGUGGUCCAAGGUUUAACAAGCAGAAUGUUAGAAACCAUGAUUCCAUCUUUAGGUAAUAUAAAGUAUACUGUGAUACGACAUGAAGCAUUAAGUACAACAGAACUACUUAUAAAUAAAGUCAUAGAUGUUGAUGGUAUAUUAUCCAGUGACAUUCUGUCUAAAGUACAAGAUGCCUUGUCAGCCAUGUCUGGUGACUCCAGUCCAGAAUUACAGGACAAGUCCCAUGAACUGUUGAAACAAAUCACUGUUAAAAUAUCUACUAUGGAAUAACUCUGGGGGUGGGGAUCUGUACAAAACAUAAAAUAUCUACAGUGAAAUAAUUCUGGGGAUGGGAUUAUUAGGAAACAUAAGUAUAUCAUAAAAAGAAUCAGUUGGACCAAAUAUCAAUAGAUUUACGAGACCAUACAACAUUAUAACAUUUCUUUUACAAUUCUGUGUUCUUACAAUCAUAAUUAGCAUCACAAUGUCUUACAAUUGUAUAAAUUUCAGAAUAAUUUAUUUGUCUCUUUAAAGGUUGACAUUAUAUAAACACUUGUCUAUUGGAAAAAGGUGUAUAUUAAUCUUUUUAUUUGUGACGAUGGUCUGCUGUCUUAUUGACAAAUACUCCACAUCUCUUAUUAUUGAUACCAUGUACUAGAACAGUUAACAAGGAAGAAAUUAAACAUGGGAGGCAUUUUUAUGCCCCAUCUACGAUAGUAGAGGGGCAUAAUGUUUUCUGGUCUGUGCCUCCGUUCGUUCAUUGGUCCGUUCGUUCGGCCCGCUUCAGGUUAAAGUUUUUGGUCGAGGUAGUUUUUGAUGAAGUUGAAGUCCAAUCAAUUUGAAACUUAGUACACAUGUUCCCUAUGAUAUGAUCUUUCUAAUUUUAAUGUCAAAUUAAAGUAUUGACCCCAAUUUCAUGGUCCACUGAUCAAAGAAAAAGAUAGUGUGAAGCUCAGGUUAAAGUUUUUGGUCAAGGUAGUUUUUGAUGAAGUUGAAGUCCAAUCAACUUGAAACUUAGUACACAUGUUAACUAUGAUAUGAUCUUUCUAAUUUUAAUGCCAAAUUAAAGUAUUGACCCGUAUUUCACGGUCCAGUGAACAUGUAAAAUGAUAGUGCGAGUGGGGCAUCCGUGUACUAUGGACACAUUCUUGUUUCUGGUAUCAUUAAUUUGUUAUUUAGUUUUGGUUUUGUGUUUUCAUUUAAUGAAGUAAAAUAACAUAUUUUCAAAUUUGACAUUUAUCCAUGAAAAAGUUCUUGUAAUUUGUAAAACUGCAAUCAUUGAAAGAAAUGUUUAAACUCAGUUAUUUGAUAUAGGACUGUCUUAUUCAAAUAUAAUACAAGUGCAAUGUCUAAGAUGGAAUAAAGUUUUAUGUAUAAUCAUUGUUAUGGAUAUUUUAUUUUGAAUUGUUAGAGAUCUGAAAAAUAAACCUGUUAGAAGUU